AUGUCCGAUAAAGAAGAUAUAAUGGCCGAGGCAGAUACAAUCACACAACGCAACCAGCUCGAGUCGCCACUCCUAAAGCUGCCAGGAGAAGUUCGAAAUAAGAUCUACAACUACGUCUUCUCCGUCGGCAGCGUUUACUUCGGUCGCUCACAUCAUCACUAUCGCACGAGCGAGACAGACUACCAGCCGGAAGGAUGUGAGCCCACCGAUCUACUAGACGUCACAUCGACGUGCCGACAAAUCCGUUCAGACACCUCUACGCUACUAUUCAAAAACAACGUAAUCAUCAUAGACGACCAAAAGAUUUUCAAGAUAGUUGAACAGCUAGAGCCGCACCAGCUCGAAGCCAUCAAAGCUCUAGAGAUAAUCUUCUACGACAUAAAGGGCUGUAUGCCGAACUUGACUACUUUGAGUAGAAUGUUCGCCAGGGAGUUCAAAAACAUGCUGGGACUCGAGAGGGUAAGCGUUAGGUUGAUCUGUUGGCUCCAGGAGGAUGAUGUACUCGAGCGCGAGUGCGAGGCAUUUUGCGAGGCGCUUAGGAAGAAUACUCGGCGUAAGCCAAUUGAAGUUACAAAUGCGUUGAAGCAUGAAGACGAUGUUGAGGGGGAAACGGACGUGGAUGAAGAAGAGACAACGUCCGACGAAGAGACAACGCCCGACGAAGAAGCUGAGCCUGAGGACGAGGGACUGGUGGCGAUGACGACGAGUCUACAUCUAUGA